GCCUCGUGCCGGGUUCCGGUGUUCGUUGUGUUUGCGUGGAGCCCUACGGGGGUUGGAGGGGGAGCGGGGCUGAGCGAAGGGCUGAGCCUGGUGCCCCCCCAGCCACCCCUGCACUGAUGGGAUCCCCCUCUGCUUUUUCUCGUCGCCCUCAUGCUGGCUGCAGUAAGUUCUCAGGGUCCAUCCCAGAGCCCUCGCAGGGCAGAGGGAGCGCUGGAGGGAGAGGGGAACAAAGAAGAAAGAGAGGGCGAGGAUAAUGUAUUUUCUGUGGGAUUUUUGUUUCCGUGAGAGAACUGAUGGGAUGGCAGCCCCCGGGAAAAGGCCCCCAGAGCCCAGCCUGAGGAGUCGGCUGCAGAUCGGCGAUCGGUGCUGAAGGUCGGUGAGGAGUAAAGCCACGCAGUGCCGGGAUGCGGAGCGGCGGCGAUGUGUUGGGUGACAGCAGCUGACAGCUCCAGCCUGCCCCACGCCAAGCCUUCCUCCACUAGAGGACUUUGCGGGAUGUGGAUGCAGCAGGGAGGUGUUGAAGGGCCGGAGCUAAGGCAGGGUGACGUGGAGCUGCAGGGAAGGUCGGUAGGUUGUGGCUUGGUGUGAGAACCAAACAGGGGAGCCUCUGCAGCUGCGCAGGGAUGUGGCCCCAGGAGUCACUGUUUGACUCGGAGGGACUGGUGAGGUGGAUUCCGGUGUGGCAGAGCGGGAGAUUUCCAACAGCCUUCUUGUUGUAUGUGCUGCUGUGGUGCCAGGCUGGGUAGCUAUAAGGCCCUGGAUGCAGAGGCUGCUGGCUGUGCUUGCCAAAUAAAGCGUGACAUCCUCCUGCGUUAACCUGCUGCUGAACCCAGUGCUCCGGAGUGGGUGUGUAUCUAUUAGGAUUGAUUCAGAGUUGCCCUGUUUUCUCACUGCUGGGUGUGUAACUCCUGUGUGCUUGGUGCUUGCACUCACUGACUGUGAGCAGAUAGCUGGAUUUUUGUGUUAUUUGGCAUUUGGUAGUUUUCAAAGUCUGAAAUAGAUCGACGGUUGUGUUCAGUUGUUGAUAGGGCUGCUUGUUCUGACUUGUAAGGACCUUCCAUCAAAUGAAGACACCUUCCCAUCCCUGAGCAGCAGAUGUCACAUGCUCUGAGUCCUCACUGCUCUCUGCCCUUCCAUCUGCUCCUGGGUACAAUCCCUAAGCUGAGAAGUCAAAUAUCUCUUAGUUUUAGGUUCUCUAGAUGUGUUUUUUUCCAAAGUUACGUAUUUAAGGGCACUUGCUGGUCUCUGCCCAUUGGGAUGCACGUGCUUUCAUCUCCAGUGUCUGCUCUGAGUUCUCAGCGCCGUACAUUUGCUAAAAAACAGGAACAAAUGGCAAAGAAGGAUGAUUUGCAGUGGCCAUCCAAAGUGUGUGUCUGAAUGUCUGAUGCUUGCUUGAAGUGUGCUGUGCAUUUUAGGAGCAGAACUAUGAUCUGUAUUCACUGAGGAACACAAAGUGUGCCUUUUUCCUUCCCGUGAUGUUUGAGGAGACAUUCACUAGCACCAUCCCUUCCCCACAUGCUUAUUCUUCUCCCUUUUCUUAUCUCUUGAAUUGUAGCUUUCUUGCCAGGUGGAAGAUGGGGCUGUUUCCCUCGUGUUCUGGGCAAUGCUGACACCUGGUUACCAUGAAGUCCCGAAGGACAUAGAGGGACAGUGGAAGUGGGAUUUUCUCACCUUCAGAAAACCCAAACAACCAGUUGCCUAAUGGGAUUACCUCUCCUGCUGCCGUCAUGGGGAGCUGCUGCAGUUGUCUGUGUAGAGACAGCAUCCCAGACAACCACCCCACCAAGUUUAAGGUGACGAACGUGGACGAUGAAGGCAACGAGCUGGGAUCUGGGGUUAUGGAGCUGACGCAGACGGAGCUCAUCUUGCACACUCACAAGAGAGAUGCAGUCAGGUGGCCCUACCUCUGCCUGCGCCGUUAUGGCUACGACUCCAACCUCUUCUCCUUCGAGAGUGGCCGUCGCUGCCACACGGGGCAGGGGAUUUUUGCCUUCAAGUGUUCCAGAGCAGAGGAGAUCUUCAAUCUACUCCAGGACCUGAUGCAGUGUAACAGCAUCAACACUGUGGAAGAGCCUGUUGUCAUCACCAGGGACAGUCACCCUACAGAGAGGGAGCACUCCCAGACCCCCCAGGCCCCCACCAGUCUGGGGUACACCAUCCCAGGAUUUGCCAAUGGAUUCCACAGUUUCCCCGGAGAAAGCCUGUCAUACUUGGCAGCCCGCCACCCCUCCAUCAGCAGCCUGAGGCAUUCCUCUGUGGGUGAAGACUCUACUCAUGCCCUCAUUGGGCCUGACGAUCAGUCCCACACCUACGUGAACACAGCCAAUGGUGAUCAGGAGCUGAGGGGCCAACAUUGUAUGCACUCCUUGCCUGAAGUCCACCCUCCUUUCCCCCAUAGGAAACGCAGCUGCUCCCUCGAAGACCGCAAUCCCCAGGUCUUCCUGCAGCCAGGGGAGGUGAAGUUUGUCUUAGGUCCCGCACCCAACUACAGGCGCAUCAGUCGGCACCACCGGGAGUGUAGGACACACUUCUGUGCUCCCAACAACAACAAUGAGCGCGAGGAUGAGUGCCCUUCACCCCAGUGCGUCUACGAGAAUGUGAACGGCUUGCUGCCUCCGAGCACCUCAUCCCUCUGCCGAGGCGGGCGUGUGAAGGUCCCCCAUGAGGAGAAGGGCUCGUCCAGCUGCUCCCAUCGGAGAGCUGCAUUACUGCACUAUGAGAACUUGCCAUCGCUGCCCCCGGUGUGGGAGUGCCAGCUGCUCCGCCGGGGUGAGGAGCACACUGGGGACGCCCUGACGCCUUCUCCCAACGGCUAUCCCGAGGCCGGAGAAGAGGAUCCCCUGCAGAACUACAUGAACUCGGAGAGCACCGCGCUGCACGGGGGCAGCAGCCUGCGGCGUGGCACCUUCCUGCCCAAACCCCAGCGCGGCUGCGUGCCCAGCGUCUUCAGCUUUGACUUCCCCCGGCCCCGGCUGGAGCAGCCGCGGCAGCUCAACUACAUCCAGGUGGAGCUGGAGGCUGAGCCUCACAAGGGCCAUCCCAACGUGUCGGCCUCCCGCGCCCGCCCGGCCGCCUCCCACGAAGCGCACCGGACGGACUCCUACGCAGUUAUUGACCUCAAAAAGACAGCAGCCAUGUCCAAUUUGCAGCGGGCCCGGCCGAGGGACGAUGGGACUUCAAGGAAAACUCGACACAACAGCACCGACCUGCCUCUGUAAGGGACCCAGCGCAAGCACUGCAUUGUGGCUUUGGUACCCACCCUUCAGCGUGUUGCCCGGUGUGACUUCCAUCCACCAUUGCCUUCUGCUUCCCCGUUCACCCCAUUACCUGGUGUUAUGGGAUGGCUCCUACAGCUGGUGUUCAUGCUGCUCUAUCUGUCUGUCUUACCCUCUCCGUCUCCUGUGCGGUUUGUUUUAUAAAGCCUUAUGGGAUGUUUAAAGACGCCAUCUGGAAGUUACGUUCUCUUUCUGGCACGAGGGGCUGAGGGUGCCCGUGGUGGCGCUGGCACUGCAUGGAUACCACCUCCAACAGCGUUAACCCUCCUGGAUUCCUGCUGCUCCGUGAGCAGUGCCAGCAGCCUGGGAUCUUCUCUGGGGAGACCUGACUGCAUCUCGCUGCCCCAGAGUCAGUUUUUGCCUUGUGAUUUCUCUGGUCCCUCACAACAUGGGAGCUCAUGCUGCAGUCUUUCCCUCCUCAACUUGCUCCUUGCUCCUUCUGCACUAUUUUCUUGAAGCUCAUAGAAGCUUCUGAUACUUCUGUCCCUUUCUCAGAUUCGAUUUAGAUUGGGCAGCUCUAGAAACUAAUAGAAGAGGACAGACAGCCAUGGACACAAACACUGUGAUCACAGAAACCUCAUUUCCCGAAGAUACUUUGCUUAAAAAGAGGAGGGGCAGACUGCAACUGUGAGGGGCUGUAGGUUGGGUAUAGAAGCCUUCGAUGUUACUGUUCCCAGUUUGGAUUUCUGGGAGGGGGCUGUUCAGAAACACUGUCCGAUUGUUCCCUUAUUUAUUUAUUAAAUGUUGUUUUUGCAUCCCGGUGGCGAUGGCCAGCAGUGGUGCCAUCAUGACACAUGUGCUCGUGUGCCCUCAGUCUGGGCUGUCUGAGCAGAGCUGCUGGCUUUGUAGGGCCGCUGUCAGGAAAAAGAGCAGCUGUGAUUCAGUGUUUUUUAACUGGGAUUCGCUGUUGCAGAGAGGGCGGGUGGGUGUGAGGUGGCCAGGCUUGGAGCACUAUCAAAGUGGUUGCCUGCACCCACGUUCCUGGCCGGGUCCAUGAGAAAUAUUUGAUCCUGUUUAGGGUGAAUGUGUCAUUUGUUUCCUACAGCUACAGACUUGGGAAGGGCUGAAUUUCCGUAAAUGUGUGGCCUUUGAUGUGGAGUUUUCUGUUGACACUGAAGCUGAGCUGUCAGACCUCCACGUGAGGUCCUGUGUUGGGUCUCUGCUGGUGCAGGGCAUGCCUCCGCACCCCUCUGUGUGGUGACACAUCUGCAGCUUAACCCCUCCCCGCAUUACUUUUUGCCUCUGGGCUGUAUCUGUGAGACAGAACUGCUCUGGAGUCGCUUUGGAGUCCCACCUCUCUGCUCUCUGUGUUCUUUGCCCUGGGAUGUGAGUGGAGAGGCCCUGCACCCAGCAGGUUGUCCCACUGCCCCCAUCGCCCAUCUUGCCUGUGCCCUCCUUAUUUCAGCAUGGAAAUCGGUGAGCAGCUGCUGUGAAGGAGGACACCACGCGGUCAUCACCUGCUUCGAAGGUGCACAGACCCUGGUUCCAUGUUCCUGAUGUUUUUCUAAGUGCUGCCUUCAGGUCGUACUGAAAGGUGGCACUUUUGGGAGGAAGGGCAGUGCCAUGCAGUUGGAAAAGCAACAGAAGUGUGCACAGUGCCAUACCCGUGUCUGCAGAGUGUGGGAUCCUCACCUUGCUGUUUGUUGCACUACAAAUCCAAAGUGCCCCAUAUGCUUAAAUUCAGCAACUUACCCUUUUUUUAGGAAGUUCUUGUUGUCCAUUCUUUUCUCUGUCCCAACCCUUAUGUGGUUUGUAACUGAAAGGAAACCAAAGGGACGCAUUAUUAUUAUGCCAAAUGACUUUCUUUGAAGGAAAAUGGGCUUCCCCCUAAAAUCUCUCUAACUUUCAUUUGGAGACGUGAGAGAAGAAAUUGUUUAUGAAUACGUACAAAAAAAGUGAACUGCAUAAAGCUUUAACAAAACGCUGUAAGUAUAGAGCUCUUGCUCUGUAAGUUCACCCCCUGGGGUGGCUCCAGCAGCACCAGUAGGAGCCGGGUUCCAGUAGGAACCUGCAUUUCCAGCAUCACAGCCCGGUGAGAAAUGCCAUGCAAAGUGCUCCUACCAGACCAAUGAAGAAGGGUGGAACAUUUUACACUUCUGUGGUGUGAGAUGACAGGGCCAGGGCUGUGGAUGGGGUACAACGAGGGGUGUGCUGCUGGGCUCCGAGACACGUGUGCUCCAAAAUAUGGCUCACAUCUGCCCCGGGCCUCCCUUUCUUCCCCCAGCAAAUCCAGAGCCCCCAAACCUCACGGGGAUAUCGAAAGCAGGAGAGGUGAGGAGGGCACGCACAGCAAGGGCUGCGUAACAGCAUCCCCUGCAUUGCUACGUCUGUCCAAAGGAGGAGAAUAACCCCCUUGUCUCAUUUGUACGGAAGAGCUGACGUUGCUUGCUGCUGCACUUGCUGCUCUGAGAGCAUCCAGCCGUGCUGCUCUGUGCUCCUCAGCAUGCAGCCCUGUCAGGAGCUGGGAGCUCACACGUGAUUUUCUCUAUUUUUCUUGCCUUUGUGAGAAACUUCACAACGUCCUCUUUAAAUAACCGGGACUCUCUCUUAACUUCUUAACCCUCUGUUUUGCAAAGUGCAGGAACAGACCCGAGUUGUUUGAGCGCAGUUCCAGGAGUGUCACUGUUGGGGUUUCUCCCCAGCAUUUCCAGCGGCUCUCCGGUGUCACAGCUUCCUCUAGUGGUCAGAGCUGUAGCAGCUGCAGGGGGAGGUUGAGGCGUGGGUUGGUUCUGUCUCAUUCCUUCAGUCCUCGAAUGUGUGUGGUGGGCAGCACAGAGCCCUCCUCGUAGCCUUGUGGGCUCCUUCCUCCUCACUAGUUUCUUUCGGUUGAAAAUCACCUUUAUGAAGUACGUUGUACCUGUACAGCACUUUGCAAAGGUGGGUAUGGCAGAUCUUGCUUUAAGCCUUACGUGCAGGUUUGCUGGGCUUUCCCGGCGCGUGCACACCGAUAGGUCUGGGAGUGCCUGCUUGAAUGGGAAACUUAACCUGGGGCAGCUGAUGAGCAUCCCAUGGCCUGGCCGUGCUCCAUCCCUCACUGCGAGGAUGGCCUCCCCAGGGCAGCAUGCCUUACAUCAGUGCUUGCAUCUGUAAGUCUGGUUUAGAGCUUGAGGGAUUCACCCAGGGCUGAGUGGUUCCCGCUUGGGCUUUGAGUGAACCAAGCAGAUUUUCUCCCCUGGUAUUUCUUCCCUGGGGACUGCAUACCCAGAUCUUCUGCCCAGCCCUCUCCCCACUCUGUUGGGAGGAACGGAGCUUCUCACGGCUCUCAGCUGCCUUUUAUCGUGGGAGGGUUUUUCAUUUUGGUUUUUUUCUUUUUUAAUUCUAACCCGUUCAACGUGCCUGCCUUUCCCCCUAGGGAAGGAGCUUGGUUAUUUGUGAGCUGUUUUUUGCCUUACAGAGAGAGAGUGGCAAAGGAGAGGCUGAGGAUUAAAAGAUGAAUAUUUUUUCAAAGAGCUUUGAAUGUCUCAGAUGUUACUGAAGCACUAAGUGUUAUUUUUGUUACUGAAGCCAUGCUGGUCGCUGGGAGGAAACCCAAGCCCAGCUACAGCUCCCGCUGUCCGUGUUCCUGGUUGCGUCCCUCCGAGCCCCACAGCCCCAUCCCAGCAGUGCUCCCAGCUCUGGUUCUGCUCCAUGCCUGUGGGCGCUGUGUGUCCUUUCCCUGUGCCUCGGCAUCGCUGUGGCAAAAUGGGGGAAGAGGCACCAAGCCGUUGGUGUGAUGCUUUUGAUGUAUGAGUGAGAGCUCCCAGUCAGGGCUCAGCACUACGUCUGUAUGUUCUCAGAUGUCUUCUCUCAAAGUCGUUCUUCUGUCCCUCUGUGUUAUGCUGCUUAGCCCUUCUUGGGUUGUACCUUGACUGUGAAGCGUCAUUAACGAGCGGUUGUUAAUGAAUGCAUUGCCUCAUAUAGAAUCACAGAAUGGCUUGGGCUGGAAAAGACCCCGAGGAUCAUCAGGUUCCAACCCUGUAGCCAAACUCAGUUCUGGGGGGGCUGAAGUUUGCCUUCCCCCGCAGCGUGGCUCCUCCUGGAGUGCCGUGCUCAGGCAGCAGAACAGGUUUAGGUUCCUGUUCCCAAACAGGACCGAAGGUGAAUACAUUAGGGGAAAUCCGGAGAGCUUUGAAGUUGGCAGGUACGGGCCAAGGCGCAGCAAAAAGCUAAUUCUAAAGAAGGGAACUCAAGUACUUCUUUUUCUUCCAUCGGUGAAUGCGAUUUUGAAGUCGAAAGGCCCGGAUGCAUCUGCGUUCUCACGAGCUCUUCUCCCCUGUGCUUCCCCUCUCUGUGACCCGUCCUGCUGUCUCUGAGCAUUUCUGACAUGGCAGACAAAUGGCGGUGCUUCAGGGCUGGGGAUGGGGCUGCUGUGCCCGGAGGGCCGAUCUCACUGCAGUCAUGCUUCUUCAGCUUAUCUCCGUGGGUGUCAUCCAGUCUCUAUAUUUCAUCCAGGUGUAACCUCGCAGGUGAAGAACAAUAGUGCUAUGUGAGCUGAGGAGUGCUCAUGUCUUACGUUAACGUGCACUACAAAUGUAUACCGAAUAAAUGGAAUAUGGUGACGAUAA